GGUUUAUCCAUCUUUCAAAUCAUCCUGUCAACUACUGGCUCAACGAUUAGUAGAAGAAGCAGCACUUUCGGGAUUACCGUAUCGCUCCGGUUCCAAUUGAACUUGCUUUUGAGCUACUUCGACUAAAUGAAAAUAAAACGCCUCAAAAGUUAUAGAAAGCUUUUGGAUUUGUACGCUCAUCACUUUCAGCUUGAUAUCGAUCCGUUAGAAAUAUUCCUCGAUUCUACUUUUACUCGCCUAGCUCUUGUGAAUAAAUUGAACAUUUCUCAGCAAUUUGAGAUAUCCCUCAAAGUACCAGUCAAAUUCGUCACUUCUACCUGUGUAAUCAGAGAAUGUGAGGAGCUUGGUGAUCUGUUCACUGGUGUGCUAAGUAUUUUGAAACAGUUCAAGAUACUCGUUUGCAGACACGAUUUCCAUCCUAAAAAUGGAGCCUCAUGGUGCAUUAAAAAACGAGUGCGCCGCUGCGGGAAGGUACCCUUCUCUAAGGAUGGACGGAGCACGCUUUUUGGCCUAGCUACUAAUGACGAGGAGCUUCAGACAUGCGCUAGACAUGUUUCAGGCAUGCCAAUAUUCUUUGUAGCACAUUCUCGGUUCAAUCUGGAGCCUGCCCCUGAAGCGGUGUCGAACUUCAUUGCACAGAAAGCCCACGCAGCCCCAUAUGUCUCCGACUGCGAAGCCACAGCCAUCAACGCCUUGAGGAGCAGAUUUGGUCUCAGCUCAGAGGUGAAGCAGAAAAAGCGUAAGGCACUCAAGGCGCCGAACCCGUUGUCUUGUAAAAAGAAGGUUUCAAAGGCUGCUCCCAAUAAGAAGAAAACCUGUGCCGGAACCUCGAAGAAGAAACGAAAGCGAAAACGCAUCAAAAUGACCUGGGCUUUCCGACAGGUUUUGGAAAAAGUGAAGUCCGAAAUGGGAAUACCAUGAAACAUUAUUGUACAACUGUGUUAUUGCGCUAAAACAAAUAGAUAAACUGUAUUGUCA